AUGGCCGAUCAAGAACAACUUCCCACACCUAAUCCCGACUCAACACCCACAACCCCCAACAAACCCAAACGUGCCCCUCCCAAGCUAGGCAAGAAGUCACCCGCCAAGCAAGAACAAACCCCUCCCUCCUCCGAACAAGACCACGAAGACAAGCCCGAAGACAAACCCGAAGAGCCUGAACCCGUCAAACAACAAGAACCGGACUCCGAGCCCGAACAAGAAGCCGAGGAAUCAGAACCAGAACCAGAACCAGAACCCAAGCCCGAACGUCGUCGCCGCAGACCCCGUCCCCGCCCCCAAGAAUCAGACACCGAAUCCAUCCCCCGCGAAAUGGAGCCCGAACCACAACCCCGCCAGCGCCGCGUCCGCCGCCAGCGCCGCCCAGAGCAACAACAAAACGGUCCGCUCGGCGGUCUUCCCGGCGUCGGCGGCACCGACCAGGCCGGCCAGCUCGUGCAGAAUACAGCCGGUAAUGCCCUGAACGGCGUGACUGGUAGCGCGGGCAAGGCUGUUGGAGGGAUCCUCAAUGGCGGCGAGGAGAAGAAGGAAGAUGAUGGCGGUCGUGAUGAGCAGCUUCGUCUGCGGCUGGACUUGAAUCUGGAUAUUGAGGUUCAGCUCAAGGCGAAGAUUCAUGGUGAUUUGACGAUUGGUUUGCUGUUAGUAUCUCCCUUUCUGUUCUAA